CCUUGGAUGGUGUGGGUUCUGGGGUCAGAUAUAUGGUCCCUAAGUGGGGCAGAAUCCAGGGCUCUGGAGGGGUCAGGGUUCUAUCUGGAAACUCCUUAGGUGCGUUGAAUGGGGUGAGCCUGGGAGGUUCAGCUAACUGGCGGCUGGGGAGGAAGGAGUUAAAACGGUGCUGCUGUCACCUGAGCUAGGCCUCAGAUUACCAGCUGGUCCAGGUUCUGCUGGUUAGGAGGUGGAGGUGAGCCUGCCCCUGGGCCUCUGGCUGUUUCAGGCCUGGCUCCCAGCUAUGGCCCUGCCUCCACCUCUGGGGCCUAGACCCCCCUCAGAGCCCCUCAACCACCCCCCUGGAGCCCCCAGGGAGCCGGACAUUGGUGGAUUCACCCUCUGCCCCACUUCUGAGGAGAGACUCAGAUCAGACCAGGCCCAGAAACUGGGGCAAGACUCCUUGGACCCUCUCCAACACCUCCAGGGUGGGUUGGAGGGCACUGAGCCUGCUGCUGGUCCCCUCAGAUUGCCAGCACCCACUUCCAGUGAGGACGCAGCAGCGGCCAAACACUGUGAGCACCUCAGCUCUGGCCAGGAGGUAUUGGAGGCUGAGCAGGACAGCCUAGCCCUAUGCCUGUUGGGGCUGGGCCUCCGGCUGCGGGACCUAGAGCGAGGCCUGGGGCCCUGGGCAUCAGCCCAGAACAGGAUGGGCCAGCUGCAGGUGGGCAGUGGGAGGCCAAGAUGUGGGAGGGUGGGCAGGGCCUCAGGAAUGGGUCCAAACUUCCUGGGGUGGGAAAUGGGUUUAUUCCACAUUCCAGAUGCCUGGGUAGGAAAGGUGAGAAGGGACAUAACUCCAGGUCCCAGAUCUUGCGUGCUCCUGAUGUGUGGGGAUACGGGUGAGGGGUGGUGUCUAACCUUGUGUCCCCAGGCCCUCCAGGCAGACCUGCGUGGGGCAGCUGAACGCAUAGAUGCCCUCCUGGCGUUUGGUGAGGGGCUGGCACAGCGGAGUGAACCUCAGGCCCGGGCAUCCUUGGAGCAGGUCCUGAGAGCCCUCAGAGCCCACCGAGGCAGCAUCUUUCGGCGACUGUGGUGGCUGCAGGCCCAGCUGGUCAGCUCUAGCCUGGUAUGGCUUGCCCUGGCAGUCCCCGCCCCAGGUACCGAUUCCACAGCCCCCAUAACUCUGUCUUCUGACCAGGUAUUUAAGGAGGCCAGCCCACUGGAUCAGGACUUGGAAGUCGAGGGGGACUUGGACGGGCCAGGACCUGGUGGGAUCUGGGGGUCCUGGACACCCAGUAGCUACCCCACUCCCGCAGAGUUGGAGUGGGACCCGGCAGGGGAUGUUGGAGGCCUCAGGCCCUUGUGGCAAAAGACAGCCUGGACACCAGGAGCUCCCUGUGAGCUGUGUGGUCACAGAGGCCCCCAGGGCAGGGGACAAGGCCUUGAGUUCUCCCAAGGAUCCCACACCUCAGUUUCCCCACAAGACAUGCUCAUGUCGGGCUUCAGCCACUGGAAACACUUGGCAGGUCAACGAAGACGUUCCCUGCUCCGGAAGUCUCAGGACAAGAAGCGAGCAUCUCCCAAUCUCCAGGGCAUGAUGUUGGAGGUAGACCCUGGAGCCCCUCCUCAUGCAUCCGGGCACUCGCUGAUCUUCCUCCUCCUCCUCCUCCUCUUCCUUCUCCUGGUGGGUGCCACAUUGCUCCUGCCACCAUCAGGGAGGUCUUGCUGCUCUUCUGCCCGACUGGCCGGGACACCUUACCUGGUGCUCAGCUAUGUCAAUGGUCCUCCUCCAAUCUGAGUACGUAGCCCAGAUACAUGUAAUAAACAGUCACUGUCAAAGA